AGUCACAAGAAGGAAGUGUAUUAAAGCAAUGUGUGCAUAUACCUAUAUUCACGGACAUCCUCCAUCAACUACUCAGAAACAUGACAUCCUUAUACUAUUUAUUGUUUGGAAUUGUGUGCUUUCUUCCCAAGAUGGCUGCACAAGGUGAUCCUGAACUGACUAUACUUCUGUCGAACUGGAAUCCCGGGCGAAUAUUUCAGUUCAAGUUCCCAGUAUCGACCAUACAAAGUGUAUCCGUAAUCAACCCUGUGGCCAUCGACUAUGACCCUGUAGAGAACACGCUGUACUGGACAAAUGAUCAGCUCAAGCAUAUAAGCGUCACAAACCUCGCCACAGGCACAUCUCGGAUCAUCCUGUCUUUGAAUUCAAGUGCAGUUCCUGACGGGAUCUCCGUCGAUUCAUCUGCAAGAAAAAUAUUUUACACGGACUCUGGAAAUGACAUAAUCGCUGUCAGGACAUGAAUAGCAGUAACCACGAAAUCAUCCUCACACAGGAUCUUGACGAGCCCAGGGACAUUGUUGUUCAUGAGGCAAGAAGGAGGAUGUACUGGACAGACAGGGGAGCAAGUCCUCACAUUUCCACAGCUAAUUAUGACGGAACUAACAUAAGAAAAAUAGUCUCAACCGGUCUGACGUGGCCAAAUGGGUUUACAAUUGACAAGAAAAAUGGAAUUCUGUACUGGUGCGACGCCAAGACUCACACGGUAGAGUCCGUGUCUGUCGAUGGAGCACAGAGAAAAAUACUGGUGUAUGAACCUGAUGCUCACUACUUCAGGAUAACCUACCAUGAUGGAGCACUCUAUUUCACCGAUUGGAGUAGAAGGGCAGUUCUCAACAUGCCUGCUACAGGAGGCAUUGUUGGACUCAUGACCAUAGGUCCUUUUACACAGCUUGCUGGCAUCCGUGUCUUUUCAAACAGAAAUUCCACAGGAUGUCCUUCGGGCCAGUACGGCGAGGACUGUAGAGAUUGUGGAAACUGCCAGAAAAGAUCCGUCUGUGAAAAGACUACUGGCUGGUGCAUCGGUGGAUGUGCCACUGGUUACCAAGGGAACAACUGCUCGCAAAUUUGUUCUUCCGGAACCUACGGCGAAAGGUGUGCGUUGACGUGCGGCAACUGCACGGAAACAACAUGUAAUCAUGUCAAUGGUACCUGUCCGCUGGGGUGUAACGCCGGAUGGACUGGACACGACUGUAAAACAGCGUUGCCAAGAUGCCCGACCAAUACCUAUGGUCCCGGGUGUUCUGCCUGUGGGAAGUGUGCUGGAGGUGUCUCUUGUAACACAGUGUCAGGCGUAUGUCCAGCUGGAUGUGAGCUAGGUUGGAAAGGGGACACCUGUGAGAUAGCGUGUCUUCCGAAUACCUACGACGCCUCCUGUGACUCCUGUGGUCAGUGUGCAGCUGCUGUACCCUGUGACAAUAGCUCCGGAGUCUGUCCGGCUGGUUGUCAAGAUGGCUGGACAGGCUCCCUGUGCAAAACAAGUAGGUAAACAUACUUGUAAAGGUCAAUUGUGU